CCCUCCUGGGCCUCCCAAAGUGCUAGGAUUACAGGCGUGAGCCACAGCUCCCGGCCUCAUCUCACAUCUUUCUACCUCUGCAGCACACGACACGCCCUAGUUGGAAACAAAGUCGGAGUUUGUGGACUGGGGGAAGGGCGGGGUCUAACCUCAGGUCAGGCGCGUUGCAAGGUACAUCUUGGCACCCGGAAGAGGCCCAGCACAGUUGCCCCCGACGUGACCCGAACUCCCCUACCAACUGAGGCGCCCUUGUUGCCAGGCUAGAGGAGAGCGGGGGGUAUGCGCUCAUUGGUCAAGGAAGGAGCGCCUGUUACUAGAGUCAAGAACCAGAGCCCAUUGGUCGGAACACCUCACAAUGGACCCCUGCGGCACGCAGAGUCCUUAUGAUUGGUUUGCUGGCUGCCUCGGGAGACCCUGUUGCCUCGAGCCUAGGCUACUUGGCGCUCCCGACCCGACCCCCGUUCCCCAUUGGCUGUCCUGGCAAAAACCGCCAUCUAAUGAGGAGUGAGGUGCUGGGCUCCGGAGCGCGCGCUUCCCGCGGUGCCAUCUAGUCCUGCGGUAGGCAGCCCGGGCCCGCGGCCCAAGCCAGUGAAAGUCCCAGGGGCCUGACAUCGCUCCCAGCGCUCGAGGACGGAGGCCUGCUGUGGAGGACAUCGUGCUCCCUCGGGACCCGUUUUGGAUUCCGGCCCGGGCGUCCCCUUGGAGCUCUGCAUCUCCAACCUGGAACCCAAGCCAGAAGGCUCAAGUUCGACGCAUCAGGUGGCGAGCGGAUCCACUGAGGGUCCACAGAGAGGGGCGCCUAUCUCCUGCGUCUCAGUUAUCCCGGUAAUCGUGUAUACACCAAUUGUUCAUUGCCUCAUUAACUUGGUUUUCUGGGUACACCCACCUUGCCACCAGAGAAGUCCAAAUCCUGACUUCUCUCCAAGUUGUUGGGAAUUCUGUGCCCUAAAGAAUUCCGACUCAGAUCCAAACGGGGAUCUGGUGGAAUCGAGGGUGAAAGGCCAGAGGGACGAUGUUCUACUAUCCCAACGUGCUUCAGCGCCACACCGGCUGCUUUGCCACCAUCUGGCUGGCGGCGACGCGCGGCAGCCGGUUGGUGAAGCGCGAAUACCUGAGGGUGAAUGUGGUGAAGACCUGCGAGGAAAUACUCAAUUACGUGCUGGUACGAGUGCAACCCCCGCAGCCCGGCCUGCCGCGGCCCCGCUUCUCCCUCUAUCUCUCAGCCCAACUUCAGAUCGGUGUGAUCCGCGUCUAUUCUCAACAAUGCCAGUACCUCGUGGAGGACAUCCAGCACAUCUUGGAGCGCCUCCACCGUGCCCAGCUGCAGAUCCGAAUAGAUAUGGAGACUGAGCUACCCAGCCUACUGCUUCCUAACCACCUGGCCAUGAUGGAGACCCUAGAAGAUGCUCCAGAUCCCUUUUUUGGGAUGAUGUCUGUGGAUCCCAGACUUCCUAGUCCUUUCGAUAUCCCUCAGAUUCGACACCUCUUAGAGGCUGCAAUUCCAGAGAGAGUUGAAGAGAUCCCUCCUGAAGUCCCUACAGAGCCCAGGAAGCCAGACAGGAUUCUGGUCACUGUGCUGCCCCCUGAGGCCAUCACACUCCGUGAGGCAGAGCCCAUACGGAUGCUGCGGAUUGAGGGUGAAGAGGAGCUCCCAGAGGUCAGCCGCCGAGACCUGGACCUGCUGAUCGCAGAGGAAGAUGAAGCUAUCUUGUUAGAAAAGCCAAGGGAGGAGCUCCGGGUCCCAGAGGGUGAAAUUGUAGUCCCCCGGCUCUCACCUCCAGCUCCUGCAGAGGUGGAAGGAAUAGCAGAGGCACUUCCAGUCCAGGUCCUGGGCCCUGAGGAGCUGAGGCCAAUAGGCUGGGAGCCUGGGGCCCUACUCAUGGAGGUGACCCCCCCAGAGGAACUGCGUCUGCCAGCCCCACCCAGCCCAGAGCGGAGGAGGCCCCCAGUCUUCCCACCUCCUCGCCGCCGUCGUCGCCAGUUACUGUUCUGGGACAAGGAGACUCAGAUCUCCCGGAAGAAAUUCCAGGAACAACUGCAAACCAGAGCCCACUGCUGGGAAUGUCCCAAGGUGCAGCCUCCUGAGAGGACCAUCACAGGCCCUGCAGAGUUAUUCAGAACCCCAACUCUCUCUGGCUGGUUACCCCUUGAACUACUGGGUCUCUGGACCCGCUGUGCCCAGCCACCCCCAAGAGCACUCAGGCGAGAGCUGCCCGAGGAGGCCGAAGAGGAGGCUGCUGAGAGGGAGGCAGCUGCUGAGGAGGAAAGGAGAAAGGCUGAAGUUCCGAGUGAGAUCGAGGUCCCGAGGGAGGCCCAGGAGCCCAGUGGUCCCCUUAUGAUAUCUUCAGAGCUCUCCCUUGAGGCAGCUGAAGAGGAGAAGCCCCGCAUCAGCCUCAUCCCACCAGAAGAACGGUGGGCCUGGGCUGAGGUGGAACAGCCAGAACCUCCUGCAUUGCCCGUGGUGCCUGAACUCCCCGAGGUGCCCAUGGAGAUGCCUUUGGUGCUGCCCCCAGAGCUCGAGCUGCUCUCCCUGGAAGCUGUGCACAGGGCAGUGGCAGUGGAGCUUCAGGCCAACAGGGAGCCCGACUUCAGCAGCCUGGUGUCACCUCUCAGCCCCCGCAGGAUGGCCGCUCGGGUCUUCUACAUGCUCCUGGUGCUCUCAGCGCAACAGAUUCUUCGCGUGGAACAAGAAAAGCCAUAUGGUCGCCUCCUGAUCCAGCCUGGGCCCAGAUUCCACCGAGGUUAGAGUCCAUUUACAAAGCUGCCAGGAAACCGGCCACUUCUAGUAAACCACGUCGUGGCUCACUGGGUCCUGCUUACUUCAUUUCUGAAUGUGCAUUUCCAGCCUUCUUGCUCUCAGAGCUACUGUUCAAGCAGAAAACAAGCUGCUUUUAUU